AAGAACACGUGCCUUCUUGAGAGGAAAGAGAACCAAGAGCCAGGUGAUGGGGCUGGAAAGUGCUUGGUGAGGAAGAGGAGGCACUUGCCACAAACCACCUUGUCCUGUAGAUCUUCCCAAAGGCCCUGGAGCUAGGGUCAGAGAGAUCCCUGGCUCUCAGAGACUGGCAGGCACUGUGCUCCUCUGGAGGACCAUGAAGGUGCUGCUCGUGUGCAUGGCAAGCUACCUUCUGGUGGUGAAUGGCGGAGACAUCAUCAAUCGCUGUGUCUUGGCCAAGAUGCUGCAUCAGGAGGACUUGGAUGGGUUCGAGGGCUACUCCCUGCCCGACUGGCUGUGCUUGGCUUUUGUGGAAAGCAGCUUCAACGUAUCAAAGGUGAACGAAAAUGUAGAUGGCAGCUUCGACUAUGGCAUCUUCCAGAUCAACAGUCAUUACUGGUGCAAUGACUACCAGAGUCACUCAGAGAACUUCUGCCACAUGGACUGUCAAGAACUAUUAAAUCCCAACCUCCUUUCAUCUAUCCACUGUGCCAAGAAGAUUGUGUCUGGAGCAGGAGGGAUGAAAAACUGGGUACAGUGGAGAAUGCACUGUUCAGGACGGCCGCUCUUACACUGGCUUACAGGAUGCCAUCUGUGAGGAACCGGGGUGCAGAUCCCCUGGGGAGUCACUCCAGGACCCCUGUACUUCUUGCAGGUUCUUCACUACUUCACCUUCUUGCCUUCACCUAAUGUUAUUUUUUUCUCUUCCCACUCACAAGUAAAACUGACCAGAGUCCCAGGGAAACACGUCUUACCUUGGCUUCCUGCUUGUGUUCAUCCAGACCCAGUACCUUUGUUCCUAUCAUUUGCAAACCAAGAUGUCAAAUAAACACAAUUUUUUUAACAUUUA